AUGGCGAUAGAAUAGGAAGGACAAAACGUGUCUAACGGAGCAAUACUGACUGUGGAGAGUUUAGGCUGUUCACAGUUUUAAGAAGGGUAAAGAGCCUCUGUUAUUUUGUGGUUCUCCAGAGAGGAUGUGCUCCGUUGUUUCUGGAUGUACCCAAUCAUGGAUAAAUUCUGAACACAUCUGAUGAACAUGAAGAAACGUAGAGGUCGUACAUCCCGAAAGAGGAGGAGAAAUCACUCUAGAUGUUUUUCACUAUGUGGUGUUAACCUGAGUCACAAAUGUGAAUAUAUACAUCUGAAGAAAUGGCUGAAAGAAAGAGGUUAUGAAGACAAUAUAUUAAGGCCAGCACAAUUUUCAGAAACCGGAAGAGGACUAAUGGCUACGAAAGCCCUUCAGGCAGGAGAGUUGAUCAUUGCAUUGCCUGAAAAAUGCUUGCUCACCACAGAUACUGUACUUAACAGCUACCUCGGAGAAUACAUUAUAAAAUGGAGACCUCCGAUUUCUCCUUUGACUGCACUGUGUACAUUUCUAAUAGCGGAAAAAUAUAUCCACAAGAAGUCUCUGUGGCAGCCUUACCUGGAUAUUCUACCUGAAACUUAUACCUGUCCUAUGUAUUUGGAGCAAGAGGCAGUGAAUCUGUUUCCUGAGCCCUUGAGAAGAAAGGCCCAGGAGCAAAGAAGUCUCGUGAAGGAGCUCUAUGUUGCAGCCAAGAGUUUUUUCUUUUCCUUGCAGCCUCUGUUUCCUGACGAUGUGGAAUCUGUUUUUAACUACAGGGCCUUCCAGUGGGCUUGGUGCACCAUUAAUACAAGAACAGUAUAUAUGAAGCAUUCACAGAAGGAAUGUUUUUCUAGAGAUCCAGAUAACUAUGCAUUAGCCCCAUACUUGGACCUACUAAAUCACAGUCCCACUGUCCAGGUGAAAGCUGCAUUUAAUGAAAAGACACAAUGCUAUGAAAUAAGGACUCUUUCACACUGUGCAAAAAACAAAGAAGUAUUUAUCAACUAUGGCCCUCAUGAUGAUCAGCGUCUCCUUCUGGAAUAUGGUUUUGUUGCUGCCAGUAAUCCACACAAUAGUGUGCAUGUUGGGACAGAUUCACUUCUUACGUACCUCAUUCCAGAAGAUAAGCAGAAGCACACGAAAGUUUCCAUUUUGCAAGAGCACAAACUUUUAGACAAUCUGACAUUUGGAUGGGAUGGGCCCUCUUGGAGGCUUCUUACAGCUCUCAAACUGGUGUGUCUUGAAGAAGACCAAUUUACUUCAUGGAAGAAAGUGCUGCUUGGUGAUACCAUUUCAGAGAUGAAUGAAAAGAAGAGUUUGGAUCUUGCAACAAAAAUAUGUACAUCACUGAUAGAGGAAACUCAGCAUGUCCUUCAAAAGAUUUCUAUUUUGAAAAGGGAUUAUGUACAUCUUGUAAACCAACUGACUUUAGUAGAGGCAUUACAUAUGGAAAAUCUAAAAAUCUUACUGCUUUCAGCUGAGAAUUUUCAACAUUUACACUGUACAGCAGUUUGACCUCCUUGGAACAGGAUAGCAUUUUGGAAUAUAAUAUUUGGAGCACAGUGAUUUCUCUUAAGCAUGGAGUAAUGAAGAGCUGGACAGAAUUUGAGACUCUCUGGCCUAACUCGCUACAAUAAAGGAGCUUACUUAUCAGAUAAGGUCUCUUUUAAUACAGAAAUAUGGUCAUUUGUAUUAUGAUAGUUGGCAAUUGUGGAGCAGGAAAGUAGGAAGGACACUGUGACUGAACAACUGAUGGAGGAAUUCAAAUCAAGCAAAUUAGAAACAGGUGAUCAGUUGUGAUUCUAUAACUAAGAUCUUACCUCUCAGUGAUUUCACACAGAUGACAAAUUUUAGGAGCUCUCUCAGCCCCACCCACCUCACAGGGUGUUUUGUUGUGGGGAUACUAUAACAUACUUUGUAAACCACUCUGGGUGGGCAUUAGGUUGUCCUGAAGAGCGGUUUAUAAAUCAAGUGUUAUUAUUAUUUUAUUAAAUUGGGCUAAACAAAUUGUUUUAAAAAUAUUUUUUGUUUAUUAAGCUUUGCUGAACAUACUAUAGAAUAAUUUUCUAAUUAAUGGAAAACAGAAUGUUAGCCUGCUAUUUUUCUAGUGUGGAUCACUGAAAGUCAAAGAAGUCUGUGUCCAGAAGGGCUGAUAUAAUAACUGACUCCCUCUUGUUCCUAGAUUCUAAUUUUACUGAAGGUAUCAGUGUCCGCAUUAAAUCCCUCCCUCUCCUGUACGCAAAGAAUCCUUCCUUGUUUUUCUUCCUUUUCCUGUAUGGUUUAAGUGCAUGGAGGUGAGUCGGGUCCAACCCACUGUGGCCCAUCUGGUCAAGCCAGGUAUUUCCCAAGUAGAACACUGGACUGGCGGCAGCUGUGAAUAGCACUGGUUUCUCUAGAUACCUCUGGCUAGGGUUGCCAGACGGGGUCCAACCUAAUACGGAUCCCGGAAAGAGGUGAGGUGGAACUUAAGUUUUGUGCGCGUGCACAUUCCUGGGCAGGGUAAUGACAUCACUGUAGGAAGUGACACCAUCCCGCUGACCCCCCAUUUCCUGCCAGGCUGGCUGACCACUCCUGAGUGGUGGCACGCCACCACAGAAGACUACCCAGGUGCCUGGAGUGGCAGGCCACUUUCCUGGCCUGGUGGCAGUGCCACUCAGUUGCAGGAGGCUUGGUGCUAGGCUGGGCAACCAAUGGGGAGGAACUGGGCCUGGGCCAAGUGUCUGGUAUUUAAGGGAUUGUUUCCCGGGACAGUCCCCCCAAAUACCAGACUGUCUAGGCCCAAACUGCACACCUGGCAACCCUACAUCUGACCCAUCUUCCUUUCUUUUGCUUUUGUGCUUGCUUGUGUCACAUCUCGUAUUACAGUUUUGUAAAGUAGGGUCAUUCUGUCUCCCGCGAGAUGAGCCUGGGUAUGUUACAUGGUAAAGUUAAAGCACUCCAGUACCACAGACCCAGCAGCUGCAGCAAAGUCACCUAAUUCAGAUAGGCCUUUCUUGUAGUUGUCAAGCAGAUUUACAUUGUCAGAAAAACAGGAACAAACAUUAGAACCUACGGACCAGACUUAAACACAGCACUUUAUGGUUAUUAUUCUAUCGUCGCCAUCUGAGGAGGAUGUUUUAUUGUAUGAUAUGUUUUAGGAGUAUGUAUUUACUGUAUGAUAUGUUUUAAUGCCUAUUUAUAUAAUGUUUAAAUGUAAUAUUUUAUUGUUUAUUCGAAUAAAGAAUUAUCCCACAGUAGUUAUUUGAAGAUGUGACACAGGCACCAUGACAUCACUUCAAUACAUUGCCUGCUGGUGGUGGCAGUUGCCAGGCACCAGCGAUCUGCGGGCAAUAGGUCACACCACUGGGAGUUUGCCCACUGCUGGCGCACAGCUGGGAUCCGUAUUAUAUGCUUUAAAAAUGGUGUGGUCAAUUUGACUACAAUUACAUUUCUGUGCGGUUUUGAUGUUUUAGUUUUGAUAUUCUAGCUGUGUCACCUGCUACCUCAUUUUGUUGUUAUCUGUUCUUCACUGCACUAUUGCGUUCAGUAUUGUAACAGUUAAAAAUGAUUGCUUUGUUAAAAAUUAAACAGUUUUACAGAU